UGUAUCGUUUCUGUUCGGGUUUUAUUCCUAAUUUGUAUUCAUCGUAUUUAUCGGUGAUAAUCCAAAUGUCUAGAAGCACCCGUCGAAGCGUUAAAGGUCGUCCAAGUGAGAUUGUUAUUGAUAUGGAUCAAGAACAAUCCAAGGAAAAUACAACACCUCGGCGAAGAGGACGACCACGGAAAAACGAUUCAAUACAAGAGGAGGAAAUGUCCGUAUCCCCUAGAAAACGUAACAAAAUAACCCCGACUAAUAAUGAGCCUAUUAGUGUAAAUUCUGUUGGAAGUUUACCCGAGCGGGAACGCGAAACCGAAGAAUUGGCGAAAUAUAUUGAGGAUGUCUUAGCCGAUAAUGGAUCUGGAAGUUUGUAUAUAAGUGGUCCACCAGGAACAGGUAAAACAGCAACACUCACCAGGAUUAUAAGUGAUCCGAAACUGGCAAGCAAAAUUAAAAUGGUAUAUGUAAAUUGUACCUCCAUGAGCAGCGCGGGAAGUAUUUAUAAAAAAAUAUGCGAAGAGCUACAACUUUCACCAGCAGGAACAACGGAAAAACUUUACCUUAACGCUAUCGAAGAGUAUCUAAAGAAAAAGCACAAGACCAUUAUGCUGGUGCUGGAUGAAAUCGAUCAACUUGCAAGUAGCAAACAAACUAUUCUAUACAACAUAUUCGAGUGGCCAGCAAAACGAGGCUCGAAACUUAUUCUAAUCGGAAUUGCUAAUGCGCUAGAUUUGACAGAUCGCCUUCUAUCGAGACUUCAAUCCAGAUGUGAGUUGAGACCUCAUUUGAUACAGUUUCUUCCGUAUACAAAAUCCCAGUUGGUUACUAUUUUGAAAAACCGUUUACGGGAGAAUAACACAAGUGAACUAUUUAACGAUGCUGCAUUGCAAUUAUUGGCAGCCAAGGUUGCAUCCACAUCUGGAGAUGCACGACGAGCUCUAUUUCUUUCCAAACGAUUGGUGGAAUCUGCUGCCAAAGAUCAUCGUCAAGCCCGGAAAGCUGCAGCCAUUGCUCAGCAAGAAUCGACAAUUGAUACGAAACCGGCAUCGCCUCCAAAAGUUGUUCAAAUUAGGCAAGUUGUCAGUACGUUAAAUCAGGUUUAUGGAUCAACACAAAACAUGGACGAAGACGCAGCCUUUCCGUUGCAGCAAAAGCUUCUUAUUUGUGCACUUCUGCUGGUACUGAAAGCGAGCAAAAGCAAGGAUGUAACGGUGGGAAAAUUACAUCAGGUGUACAAAGCGGUAUGCGCGAAACAAAAUCUACUUUCGGUGGAUCAAACGGAAUUCACGAAUCUCUGCUCACUCGUCGAGACGCGCGGUAUUCUGCGCAUGCAAGGCAAAAAGGAAGCUCGUUUGAAUCGUAUCCUGCUGCAAUGGGAUGAGGAUGAGGUACACAAUGUGCUCAACGACAAGCAACUGAUUGCCAGCAUCCUCAGCGACACGUCUUGUGUCGGAAAGUAAUACUUGCGUUUUAGAGACUCAGUAGUGUUUUAAGGUUAUUUUUUAUUUGUUUUUAAAUGAAUUUAUAUUGAUAAGUUAUU